GAAAAUUAUGAACAUCGUCUGCAUUUUUCAGCAACCACAGCUUCAAGCAAGCAAGCAAGCAAGUCAAGCAGGACAACUGGCUGACUGACUGUGUGCUGGUGGUGUGGCUGUGUUUGUGUUUGUGUGUUUGUGUGUUUGUGUGUUUGUGUGUUUGCGUGUGUGUUUGUGUGUGUGUGUCAGCGGAGGAAGAAGCUGGGCGAGUGGCAGUGCUGUGCUGUGCUUGUAGUGGCAGCACAACAAGGGAAGGGCGAAGCUGUGCCUCUUGAAGUCCAGCUGGGUUCACUUUUGCGUGAACUCGCUUUCACGGUAGCAUGGCAUCCACGCUGUCGUACAUCAUCCGGGAAAGGGAAGAGGAGCCGGGCCAUCGGUUUGGAGUGAAUGCACUGGCCGUCAGCUCUGACGAGUCCGUGCUGUUCUCUGCUGGCCGGGAUGGCGUGGUUCGGGAAUGGACCAUUGGCCCAAGUGGUGAUGGGAAGGAAAAGGCAGGCGUACCAAAGCCAACAUACCGCCGCUGCUACGACCAGCACGCCAACUGGGUCAACGACGUUGCCCUUUGUGAAGACCUGGGCUACGUCCUCACAGCUUCCUCUGACCACAACGUCAAGAUCUGGGACAACAGGCGAUGCUCCCUCGUCGCCACUCUGCAGAAGCACAACGACUUUGUCAGGGCCAUCUCCUAUUCAAAACACGCCCACAAAUUUGUGACGGGCGGCCUUGAUCGCAGACUCGUGUAUUGGGACAUUGAACGCACAAAAGUCUCGUCAGACAUUGACAUGCGCAGCCACCCACAGAGCAUCUACGCGUGUGCUAUCAACCCUGGUGGCACGGUGAUCGCCACAGGAUCCACUGAUAAGAUGAUACGGCUGUUUGAUCCGCGCACGAAGACGCGUGUGGGCAUGCUGAGUGGACACGGGGACAUGGUGAAGGCGCUCGCCCUCAGCCCUGACGGCCGCACCAUUGUGUCCGGCAGCUCAGACCAGCUGGUGAAGGUGUGGGACGUGUCAUCGCUCAAGUGCAUCGCAACUGUCGCCCCGCACACGGACAGCGUCUGGGCGCUCGCCGUGGACAAGGCAUUCUCCCGCGUGUACAGCGGAGGUCGUGACGGCCUCGUGUACGAAACAAACCUGGCUGCUGCGUCCGCUGGUGACGAUGACGCAACACGUCUCAUCUGCCAGACACAACACCGCGUGCUCGGGCUCGCUGUAACGGACGCAAGCGUGUGGGUGUCAACCACCGCAUCCGACAUCACAAGCUUCAGUCGGACAGAAACGAAUCAGGAGACGCCACAGAGCGUCAUUCCAGGGCUGCCUGGGCUGGUUGAGCACCACGUGAUGCGCAAUCGGCGGCACGUGUUAACAAAGGACACGGCGGGCGCUGUUGCCAAGUGGGACAUGCUCACGGCCACCAAGAUCGAGGACUGCGCCGGUGCAGACUACGAGACGGAGGUGAAGCGUGAUGUGGACAUCAUGCGGCUCCCAUCCUGGUGCACUGUGGACACAAACGUCGGCCUGGUCACUGUCACUCUCUCCCCGGGCACAGCAUUCAAGUGCCGGGACUUGGUAAACCCAAACGACGCGAGUGACGACACCAGCAUGAACUUUGGCGAGUGUGUGAUCCAGGCGCUGCUGCGCACGUACCAGGAGGUUGCGCUGGCCUCCAAGCACCGGCUCAGCCAUCCAAACGACCCGCAGUCCGCACAGGAGCUCGAGGCCCACUAUCGCGACGUCAACUUUGAACGACAGCUGACACACAACUACUUCUCCAUUCCGCAUCACACGCCCUUCUACUUCACCCAGCAUGUGGGCGGCGCUGCUGUUUCUGCUGUCUUCAAACCGGCGCGGAUCCGUGUGGCCAUGGGAAAGGUGGAGGAGGCCGUCCCUGAUUGGAUCAGGAAAUGCCUCUUCACCCCACAUGAUGCGCUUACACCGCCGACCAGCAGCAGCAGCAUCACGUUUGUGAUGAUUGCAUGUCACGGCACGCCGUCCCUCGCCAAGAAUCGGCUGACGUGCUUCAGCUACCUGCCCGUGUGGCGCGUCAGCCACUACAUCUUCGAGGUGUCGACGAAAGUGAACACACUCGUCAAAGAACACGCGGGCAAGACGCCGCAGGGGCCCGAGAUUUACGAUUACGUCGAGAUUCUGCAUGGCAGCGAGGUUUUGCAUCGGGACACGCAUCUUGCGUACGUCAACUUCCGCUUUGGGAAACGCGACAAAGAGUUGGAGCUGAAAUUCCGCCUUGCACACAAGCACCGUCCAGCCAUCUCUGUCGAAGACGAUGCGUGAUGGACGAAUGAACAAUGUACUUGGCUGUGGUGGUGGUGAUCAUGAAGAUGAUGGACGUGUGGAUGAAUGCGCGUGCUUGCCAUGCGUUUGGUGGUGGUGUGUUCUUUGUUGUUACCCGGACCAUCACUCUCACGCACUGGUGUGCUGGAGUUAUAAUUGAACUUUUCGCCUUUGGACGGAGGAACAAC